AAUCCAUUCAUUGACGUCCAGUUAGAGUCAAGUAAUGCAUUGUCUAAUAAACCCGAGUCUUCAGACACAUCGACCCAAUUCUUCUAUGAUUUGAGUCAAAAGAGUGAUAAUCAGAACAGAGGUUAUAACAAAAGGAAAAGACAGCAAAAUAGCGAAUUCCGGGAAAGAAAACAAAGACAAAUGGAUCCGCAGGAGUGUUGGUUCUGUUUGGCCAGUCCUCAGGUGGAGAAACAUUUGAUCAUUUCUAUCGGCGAUCACUCAUACCUGGCUAUGGCUAAGGGAGGGCUCACUGACGAGCAUUUGCUUAUAUUACCCAUCGAUCACAUGAGGUCUACCAUAGAGUUGGAGAGCGAAGACGUGUUGACCGAAUUGAAUCGAUUCAAAGCAGCGCUAAUUAAGUAUUUCGACUCAAAGCAGGAAUCGGUUGUUUUCUUUGAGCGAAACUUCAAGUCAUCUCAUCUGCAAAUACAAUGCGUUUCGAUCCCUAAAUCCAAAGCACAAGACCUCAAGUCUGUUGUGUUGGAAAUGACUGAAAAACGAAAUCUUAAAUUCAAUGAACUGUCAAAUGAUAUGGAAUUGAAAGAUGUGUUAAGUCCUGGUAUUCCCUACUUCUAUAUGGAACUGCCCGACGGAAAACUCUUCACUCGUAUUAAUACCAGCGAAGCAUUCUUUCCCAUACAAUUAGGACGCGAACUAUUAGCCCAUUCAUCGAUCCUCGACUGUCCCGAUAGAGUCGAUUGGAAGCGAUGCUCUUUGCCGGACGACGAGGCCAUUGCCAUCGCUAAC